AUGGAUCCCCGCGACCGAGAUGACCGGACCGGCGAGACAACGCCGUUGCUGUCGGACCAGCCGCACCAGAAGCCCGACAUCGAGCCGGUGACGCACAGCUGGCUGGCGGAAGCAUGGCUACUCUGCCAGUACUCGCUGCCGCUCAUCGCGACCUAUCUGCUUCAGUACUCCUUCACCGUCAUCACCACCUUCGUUGCCGGCCAUCUUAGCGCCGAUGACCUCGCCGCCGCCAGCAUCGGCCUGACGACCAUGAACAUUAUCGGCCUCGCCAUCUACGAAGGCAUGGCCACCGCCCUCGACACCCUCUGUGCCCAGGCCCACGGUUCUGGCCGCCUUACUGCCGUCGGCCUGCAUGUUCAGCGCAUGCUCAUCCUCAUGGCCAUCGCCACCGUGCCCAUCGGCCUCUUUUGGAUCUUUUCACCGUCCAUCCUCUCGCUGUUUGUGAAGCAGCACCACUUGGCCGUCAAGGCCGGUUCCUUCCUGCGGGUCAGCUUGGUCGGCAUUCCUGGAUACGCCGCCUUCGAGGCUCUGAAGCGGUUCUUGCAGGCCCAAGGUGACUUCAAGAGCGCCAUGGUCGUCCUCAUUAUCUGCGCUCCUCUCAACGCCCUCUUCAGCUGGUUCUUCGCCUUCAAGCUGGACAUGGGCCUCGAGGGCGCGGCCCUGGGCCAGGCUCUGGCGAACGACUUGCGACCCGCCUUCCUGCUCAUCUACAUUAUCUUCUGGGGCCAAUGGUCGCAUGAGUGCUGGGGCGGCUUCUCCCGCAAGGCCUUCACUGAGUGGAGCGUCCCGGUACGGCUCUCCAUCGCCGGCUCGGCCGUCAACAUUGGCGAGUGGGCUGCCUUUGAGAUCCUGACGCUUAGCACCUCCUACUUGAGCACGGAACAUCUCGCCGCGCAGACCAUCCUCACGACAAUCUCGGUCGUCAUGUGGCACAUCCCCUUUUCGAUCUCCGUUGCUAUCAGCACCCGCAUCGGCCACCUCAUUGGCGCCGGCCUCGUGUCGACUGCCCGGCGAGCCGCGACGCUGUACGCCGUCGUCUUCACUGUCGUUGGAGUCCUGGACGCCAUCUUCGUUUUCGUGUUCCGCAAUCAGCUCGGUCUCAUCUUCUCCGAGGAUGAAGUUGUGCAAAGGCUCACCACAAACUCAAUGCUCGCUGUCGCGGCGUUCCAGCUCAUCGACUCCAUUAUCAGUGGAUGCAAUGGCGUGCUGCGUGGUCUCGGUCGUCAGUCCGUGGCGGCCUGUGUCGUGUUUGUCGUCAAUUACGUGGCCGCGGUGCCGCUCGCCGUCUGGCUGGAGCUGGGAUCUCCAGGCCUGGAGCUCAACGGUGCCUGGGUUGGCCUUGGCGGUGGCAUGGUUGUGAUUGCCGUCAUUGAGUGCAUAUACAUGAAGGUUAUUAGAUGGCAAGAUUGCGUUGAAAGCGUAAGGGAAAGGGAAGGCUUGUAA